CCGCCGCCUCCGCCGAGCCGUCUCUUGGCCUUUGUGUCCCGGCCGAGCGCCCUCCCUGCCGCCCCGCGCCCGGCACCCUGGAGCCGCACGGGAGCCGGCUGUCCGAGCUGCGUCCGGCGCGGCGCCCCGGAGCCCCGAGCCCGCCGCGCCGCCGCGCCCCUCGCGUGCGCUGCCGCCCCGCGCUCUGAGGGCCCCGAGGGGAGCGCCACCGGCCUCGGCGCCCGCUGGAGCUGCUCGGCGCGCCCCGGAGCUGCCUGCAGUCUCUCCCUUGUCUGCCCAGAGGAUUGGGGCUCCCGGCCCGCACCUUGUUCCUCCGACGCCAGGAGUGCGCGGAGCUGGGAGCGGCUUGGCCAUGGCCGUGAGGAGGGACUCCGUGUGGAAGUACUGCUGGGGAGUUUUGAUGGUUUUAUGCAGAACUGCGAUUUCCAGAUCGAUAGUUUUAGAGCCCAUCUAUUGGAAUUCCUCGAACUCCAAAUUUCUACCCGGACAAGGACUGGUACUGUACCCACAGAUAGGAGACAAAUUGGAUAUUAUUUGCCCCAAAGUGGACUCUAAAACUGUUGGCCAGUAUGAAUAUUAUAAAGUUUAUAUGGUGGAUAAAGACCAAGCAGACAGAUGCACUAUUAAGAAGGAAAAUACCCCUCUCCUCAACUGUGCCAGACCAGAUCAAGAUGUAAAAUUCACUAUCAAGUUCCAAGAAUUCAGCCCUAACCUCUGGGGUCUAGAAUUUCAGAAGAACAGAGAUUAUUACAUUAUAUCUACAUCAAAUGGGUCUUUGGAGGGCCUGGAUAACCAGGAGGGAGGGGUGUGCCAGACAAGAGCCAUGAAGAUCCUCAUGAAAGUUGGACAAGAUGCGAGUUCCGCUGGGUCAACCAGGCAUAAUGAUCCAACAAGACGGCCAGAACUUGAAGCUGGUACAAAUGGAAGAAGUUCAACAACAAGUCCUUUUGUCAAACCAAAUCCAGGUUCCAGCACAGACGGCAACAGCGCCGGACAUUCUGGGAACAAUAUCCUCGGUUCCGAAGUGGCCUUAUUCGCAGGGAUUGCUUCAGGAUGCAUCAUCUUCAUCGUCAUCAUCAUCACGCUGGUGGUCUUGCUGCUCAAGUACCGCAGACGGCACCGCAAGCACUCGCCGCAGCACACGGCCACGCUGUCGCUCAGCACGCUGGCCACGCCCAAGCGCGGCGGCAACAACAACGGCUCGGAGCCCAGCGACAUCAUCAUUCCGCUGAGGACUGCGGACAGUGUCUUCUGUCCUCACUACGAGAAGGUCAGCGGGGACUACGGGCAUCCCGUGUACAUAGUCCAGGAGAUGCCGCCGCAGAGCCCGGCGAACAUUUACUACAAGGUCUGAGCCUCGGCGGUGCCUUCGCUUUCCCGGAGGAAACUUACUGUCCUGCUGCCGCCCGCGGAGGGUCCGAGGCCCCCUGUGUCUGCGACGGACUGACGCACAGCGGGGAGAGGGGACACUCCUGCUCGGGAGAGCCCUGUGGAGUCGGACAGCUUACUAGUCUGUAGCGUUUCGGCCGCGGUGACGAAGGAUGCGCCCCGGCAGCUGGAAGACUCGCGCAGAAGAUGCGCGUGGGGACCGCGCGCGCCCCGCCCCUCUCCUCUUUCGGGUACCACGGGCGUUCGGGCCUCCGCAGGAGCCGAGGGGAGACAGAGCGGUCGGUGGGCGGGAGCGAGAGCUGGGAGCAUCCCGGGCAGGUGUCCCAGGUGCCCCAGGCCGCUGGGCCUGGAAAGGCCGUCCUCUGCCUCGGGCGUGGCCCUUCCCCCCCCCCCCCCCACCCGAGCUGCACCCCGGACUUGUCUUGUCGCACAGACUCUGGCUGCGUGAGGCUUUCGGAGAGCGCUAGCUUUUAGUCCUCACUGUUGCACACACUCCUGUCAUCCAGGGCUCUGCAGGCCUUCACAUGAGAUUUCUUCUCACGCCACACUGCGUAUCACUAAUGAGACAUUAACGUUUGGCGUCUCCUGCUUCAUCCGUUUGCAACAGCUACCGCCGAAUGGGCGAUACAAGGAUAGAAAUUGCGUUUGCUAAUAAGGAGCCUUCCAGCCAGAUACUAGGCUGUCAGCCCGGGAAGAUGAGGAGCUCACGGAAGGGAGGGCCGGGGGGAAAGGCCGUCUGCAAAGGCAGUUCAGCGCUGCCACCUCUGAAACAGAGUUGGGAGGGAAAACUCCAAUUAGAUAGCACAGCACUUUGGUUUUGCUAAGAUUUUAAGAGGCAAGUAGGAGACACAACGACACACACAGUAGAUUAGGGUGCAUUUGAAGGAAUUCACUCUUAUCAAAGAGCAAUGCACAGGAAAAAAAGAAAAAGAAAUAGUCCCUCUAUGCUGGGUGGAACAAAGGGGCAUUGUUGGUAGAGGGCCAGGCUUGGAGGGAUGGAUGGACACCGGCAGGACUGUCGUGGUACUGGCAAUAGGAUGUACAGUGGUGAAGCUGUAGGAAAGUCUUCGGUCUGCUUUGGGUGAUGUUUAAGGCAGACUCAGCUGCUAUACUUAUCACAUUUUAUUCAACACAGGGAGAGCAUUUAGGAGAUUAGCAGAGAGCCAAAUCUGACCAAGAAGUUUAAAAGCCAAAGGUCACACAGGCUGUAAUUCCAUCAUCAUUGACGUUAUUAAGGCAUUCUCAUAUAUAAAAGGUAGGUCAGACUCCCCAGUCCCCCCAGCGCCCCUUCCCCGCCGCUCCCCUCCCCAUUGCGCCUUACGACACUUUGGUUUAUGGCGGUGCUGUCCCGGCCCUCGGGGCCGAGGGGUAGGUACUGAGCGAGGCCACAGCUCGGGGCCCUGUAUCAAGGUGAGGCACACAUGGCAAACCUCUUAGAGUCCUGAGGACCGAAAUAAAUUAUCAUGUCGAGGGGGAGAAAGAAGGUAGGAUGUAUUUAUAAUAGGUAUAUAGAACACAAGGGAUAUAAAGUGAAAGAUUUUUACUAAUAUAUAUUUUAAGAUUGCACACAAUCCACACCGGAAGAUGGGAAAUUCAUUUGUAGCGAUUAAGUGGUCCCAAUGCUCCGUGCUUUAAAAAAAAAAAAAAAAAAAGGACAGCUACUUCUGGGAAAAACAACAUCACUCCAAAAAUAACAAUAAUGGGAGCAAACACAAAAAUAACCCAGUCCUCUGAAGGCAUCUUGCGUCACCGUAGAUUAGGAAAUGCAAGCCCCAAAUACCAGGAAAUCGGUGUUACUGCAUCGUUUUCAACAAUGACAAGAUGUGCCGGCAUUUAUUUUCUGUGCUGUGUUUUCCCUUGCCCUAUGGGCUGAAGUGUUCGCUAGAAUCCACCGGGUCACAUCGAGGGGGUUUCAGCUGAAAGUUCAGCCUGACCCCCUUCCUUCCUCUCUCCCCCUCCCCUCUCCCCCUCCCUUCUGGGAAAAGAAGUGAGUAAACAGGAAACCUACUUUUUAUGUGCUAUGCAAAAUAGACAUCUUUAACAUAGUCCUGUUACUAUGGUAACACUUUGCUUUCUGAAUUGGGAGAAAAGAAAAAUGUAGCAACAGCAUUUUAAGGUUCUCAAACCUCCAGUGAAUACCUGCAAAAAUGAGUUGUCACAGAAAUUCUUCUCUAUUUCCUGAACCUGAAAAUGAUGUUGGUCCAAAGUGCGUGUGUGUAUGCGUGAGUGGGUGUGUGGUAUACAUGUGUAUAUAUAUGUAUAAUAUAUAUCUACAAUAUAUAUUAUAUAUAUCUAUAUCAUAUUUCUGUGGAAGGUUGCCAUGGUGAUCAGCCACAGUACAUAUGUAAUUCUUUCCAUCACCCUAACCUCUCCUGUACGUGCAUUCAUACAAGAUUUUCUUGUAAGCCAUCAAAAAUUACCUUUAGGAUGGGGGAGAGGGGCAAGAAGGGGAAAUAUGGGAAAUAGUCUGAUUUUAAUGAAAUCAAAGGUGUGUAUCAUCGGUUGGCUACAUUUUUGGGUAUAUGCUAAACUGUGAAAAAUCAGAUGAAUUGUUGAAGAGUUACCUGCAAGCAAUUGACCAGUGUUCUGUGCGUCUGUUUUGUGUGUGGUGCAGAAUAUGACAAUCUACCAACUGUCCCUUUAUUUGAAGUUGGUUCAGCUUUGGAAAGUUACUGUAAAUGCCUUCCUUGUAUUCUCAUCCCUAGUCAUCUGACUUUGGAAUUUGCACCAUAAUGUUUAAGUGAAGAUGCUGUAAAUAGGUUCAGAUUUUACUGUAUAUGGAUUUGGGGUGUUACAGUAGCCUUAUUCACCUUUUUAAUAAAAAUACACAUGAAAACAAGACAGAAAUGGCUUUUCUUACCCAGAUUGUGUACAUAGAGCAAUGUUGGUUUUUUAUAAAGUCUAAGCAAGAUGUUUUGUAUAAAAUCUGAAUUUUGCAAUGUAUUUAGCUACAGCUUGUUAAACGGCAGUGUCAUUCCCCUUUGCACUGUAAUGAGGAAAAAAAAUGGUAUAAAAGGUUGCCAAAUUGCUGCAUAUUUGUGCCGUAAUUAUGUACCAUGAAUAUUUAUUUAAAAUUUCGUUGUCCAAUUUGUAAGUAACACAGUAUUAUGCUUGAGUUAUAAAUAUUUUUUCUUUUCUUUGUUUUAUUUUGAUAGCCUGUCAUAGGUUUUUGAUCUGCUUUAGUUCCACAUUGCAGUUGGCCCCCCGAAAAUGAAAUCCGUGAAGUCACAUUCCAAAUCUGUUUCAAACUGAAUUUGUUCUUAAAAAAAUAAAAUACUUUUUUCCUAUGGAAAAA